GGCCGUGCUCCGGUGGUCAGGGCGCACCGCACCACGAGCGCGGCGCCCUUGAGCUGCACGGCGGCGCACGUUUGCGAGGCGACUUGUCUGCGGGCCAAGAGAAGGAAGCGCUGUCCCUUCCCGCGCAACCUGGCGUCCCCACCCCUUGUACUCUACACCCUGCCUCGGACAAGCGGCGCGGCCACGGAGGCGCAGAGGAGGGGUGAGCCGCCGCCGGGCAGCGGCGUCCCUUCGGGGGAGAGGGCGCCUGACAGGAGGCGGCGGCGCGGCGCAGAGGGCGCGACGCGCGAUGGCAGCUGCUUAGCCCGGCGCGCGCGGAGCAGCCCGGAGCUGUGGCUGGCCAGACGGUGCGGCUGGGCUGGGGACGCCGCCGCAGCCCGGCCGGGAGAGAUGAGCGCCGAAGCGGGCGAGGGCAUCACUUUCUCGGUGCCACCCUUCGCCGAGGGUGGAAGCUGCCGGAGGGGAGGAGCGGCGGUGGCAGCCGAGGACGAGGAGAGCCAGCUACCGCCGCCGGGCAGCUUAUGGAACGUAGAGACUGCCGCCGCCCCUGGCACCGGUUGUCCUGCCGCCACCUCUGGGAGCAGCGCCACCCGAUGCCGGGGCAACUCUAGUAGCGGAGGCGGCCGACGGACCACGGUGGCAUAUGUUAUCAACGAAGCGAGCCAGGGGCAGCUGGUGGUGGCCGAGAGCGAGGCCCUGCAGAGCCUGCGGGAGGCGUGUGAGACGGUGGGCGCCACCCUGGAGACCCUGCAUUUUGGUAAACUGGACUUUGGAGAAACCACCGUGCUGGACCGUUUUUACAAUGCAGAUAUUGCGGUGGUGGAGAUGAGUGAUGCCUUCCGACAGCCGUCCUUGUUUUACCACCUUGGAGUGAGAGAAAGCUUCAGCAUGGCCAACAACAUCAUCCUCUACUGUGAUAACAACUCAGACUCUCUGCAGUCCCUGAAGGAAAUCAUUUGCCAGAAGAACACCAUGUGCACUGGGAACUAUACAUUCGUCCCUUACAUGAUCACUCCACACAACAAGGUCUACUGCUGUGAUAGCAGCUUCAUGAAGGGGUUGACGGAGCUCAUGCAACCGAACUUCGAGCUGCUUCUUGGACCCAUUUGCUUACCUCUUGUGGAUCGUUUCAUUCAGCUUCUGAAGGUGGCACAAGCAAGUUCUAGCCAGUAUUUCCGGGAAUCUAUUCUCAAUGAUAUCAGGAAAGCUCGAAAUUUAUACACUGGUAAAGAAUUGGCAGCUGAAUUGGCAAGAAUUCGGCAACGAGUAGAUAAUAUCGAAGUCUUAACAGCAGAUAUUGUCAUAAACCUCUUACUUUCCUACAGAGAUAUCCAGGACUAUGAUUCUAUAGUGAAGCUGGUAGAGACCUUAGAAAAGCUGCCAACCUUUGAUUUGGCUUCCCAUCACCACGUGAAGUUUCAUUAUGCAUUUGCACUGAAUAGGAGAAAUCUCCCUGGAGAUAGAGCCAAAGCUCUUGAUGUUAUGAUCCCGCUGGUGCAAAGUGAAGGGCAGGUUGCCUCCGAUAUGUAUUGCCUAGUUGGUCGAAUCUACAAAGAUAUGUUUUUGGACUCUAAUUUCCUGGACACUGAAAGUAGAGACCAUGGAGCUUCUUGGUUCAAAAAGGCGUUUGAAUCUGAGCCAUCGCUACAGUCGGGAAUUAAUUAUGCGGUCCUUCUCCUGGCAGCUGGGCAUCAGUUUGAAUCUUCCUUUGAGCUCCGGAAAGUUGGGGUGAAGCUGAGUAGCCUCCUUGGCAAAAAAGGAAACUUAGAAAAACUUCAGAGCUACUGGGAAGUUGGAUUUUUUCUGGGUGCCAGUGUCCUGGCCAAUGACCACAUGAGAGUCAUCCAAGCAUCUGAAAAGCUUUUUAAACUGAAGACCCCAGCAUGGUACCUCAAGUCGAUUGUAGAGACAAUUUUGAUAUAUAAGCAUUUUGUGAAACUAACUACAGAGCAGCCUGUGGCCAAGCAGGAGCUCGUGGACUUCUGGAUGGACUUCUUGGUCGAGGCCACAAAGACCAAUGUUACUGUUGUUAGGUUUCCAGUACUAAUAUUGGAACCAACCAAAAUCUAUCAACCUUCAUAUUUGUCUAUCAACAAUGAAGUUGAGGAAAAGACAAUAUCUAUUUGGCAUGUGCUUCCUGAUGACAAGAAAGGUAUACAUGAGUGGAAUUUUAGUGCUGCUUCUAUCAGGGGAGUGAGUAUUUCUAAAUUUGAAGAGCGAUGCUGUUUUCUUUACGUGCUUCAUAAUUCUGACGAUUUCCAAAUCUAUUUCUGUACAGAACUGCAUUGUAAAAAGUUUUUUGAAAUGGUGAACACCAUCACUGAGGAGAAGGGGAGAAGCACAGAGGAAGGUGAUUGUGAAGGUGACUCCUUGGAGUAUGACUACGAAUAUGACGAGAAUGGUGACAGAGUUGUUUUAGGGAAAGGCACUUACGGGAUCGUCUACGCAGGCCGAGACCUGAGCAACCAAGUCAGAAUCGCUAUAAAGGAAAUUCCAGAGAGAGACAGCAGAUACUCCCAGCCCCUGCAUGAAGAAAUAGCAUUGCAUAAGCAUCUGAAGCACAAAAAUAUUGUCCAGUAUCUGGGCUCUUUCAGUGAGAAUGGCUUUAUCAAAAUCUUCAUGGAGCAGGUCCCAGGAGGAAGUCUGUCUGCUCUCCUUCGUUCCAAAUGGGGCCCAUUGAAGGACAAUGAGCAAACAAUCGGCUUUUAUACAAAGCAGAUACUUGAAGGAUUAAAAUACCUCCAUGACAAUCAGAUAGUCCACCGGGAUAUAAAGGGCGACAAUGUGUUGAUUAAUACUUAUAGUGGUGUUCUCAAGAUCUCGGACUUCGGGACAUCAAAGAGGCUAGCUGGCAUAAAUCCAUGUACCGAAACUUUUACUGGUACCCUUCAGUAUAUGGCACCGGAAAUCAUAGACAAAGGACCACGAGGCUAUGGGAAAGCAGCAGACAUCUGGUCUUUGGGCUGCACCAUCAUCGAAAUGGCCACAGGGAAACCACCUUUUUAUGAGCUGGGAGAACCACAAGCAGCUAUGUUCAAGGUGGGAAUGUUUAAAGUCCACCCAGAGAUCCCAGAGUCCAUGUCAGCAGAGGCCAAGGCAUUCAUACUGAAGUGUUUUGAACCUGACCCUGACAAGAGAGCCUGUGCUAACGACUUGCUUGUUGAUGAGUUCUUAAAAGUUUCGAGCAAAAAGAAAAAGACACAACCUAAGCUUUCAGCCCUUUCAGCUGGAUCAAAUGAGUAUCUUCGAAGCAUAUCCUUACCUGUGCCUGUCCUGGUGGAGGACACGAGCAGCAGCAGCGAGUACGGCUCAGUUUCUCCUGACACAGAGUUAAAGGUGGACCCCUUCUCUUUCAAAACGAGAGCCAAAUCCUGCGGAGAAAGAGAUGUAAAAGGAAUACGGACGCUCUUUUUGGGCAUUCCGGAUGAAAAUUUUGAAGAUCACAGUGCUCCCCCUUCCCCUGAAGAAAAAGAUUCUGGUUUCUUCAUGUUGAGGAAGGACAGUGAGAGACGCGCCACCCUUCAUAGGAUCCUGACGGAAGACCAAGACAAAGUUGUGAGAAACUUAAUGGAAUCAUUGGCUCAGGGGGCUGAAGAACCUAAACUAAAAUGGGAACAUAUCACAACCCUCAUCGCAAGCCUCAGAGAAUUUGUGAGAUCCACAGACCGAAAAAUCAUCGCCACCACACUGUCCAAGCUGAAGCUGGAACUUGACUUCGACAGCCACGGCAUUAGCCAGGUUCAGGUGGUGCUCUUCGGUUUUCAAGAUGCUGUCAAUAAAGUUCUUCGGAAUCAUAAUAUCAAGCCACACUGGAUGUUUGCCUUAGACAGUAUCAUCCGAAAGGCGGUGCAGACGGCCAUCACCAUUCUGGUGCCAGAACUGAGGCCACACUUCAGCCUCGCAUCUGAGAGCGAUACCGCUGAUCAAGAAGACUUGGAGGCAGAAGAUGACCAUGAGGAACGGCCUUCGAACCAAACUAUCCGAAGACCUCAUGCUGUCAUUGAAGAUGCUGUAGCUACCUCAGGGGUGAGCACACUCAGUUCUACUGUAUCCCACGACUCCCAAAAUGCCCACCGGUCCCUCAAUGUGCAACUUGGAAGGAUGAAAAUAGAAACUAAUAGAUUACUGGAAGAAUUGGUUCGGAAAGAAAAAGAAUUACAAGCACUCCUUCAUCAAGCUAUUGAAGAAAAAGACCAAGAAAUUAAACACCUGAAGCUUAAGUCCCAACCAAUAGAUAUUCCUGGAUUGCCUGCAUGCCCCCGGGAUUCUCCUGGCACAAAUACUGAAGAGUCUGAGCUUACUGAGUGGCUGAGAGAUAAGGGAGCUGAUGAAGACACUAUAAGUCGGUUUUUGGCUGAGGAUUAUUCACUAGAGGAUGUUCUCUACUAUGUUACACGUGAUGAUUUAAAAUGCCUCAGACUAAGGUACCACUCUUUUCUUUAUGUCCCUUUUUCUUGGUGGAAAGAGCGCUGGGCUGAGAAGUCUGGGAUCCUGUCCUGCCUGGCUGGACCCCUCCCCAGCCCUUACCAUCUCAGCGGUCCUGGGGCUCAUUCUGUGGUUCACAUUUGCUCUGCGUAAACGGAGUUUGUUUCCCCAGGCUAUUACUGGGUACUCUUAUAACCAAAAUUUCUAUAUUAGUAAAUGCAAAUCAACUCAAAGAAUUUCUUGAUAAUAAAGUAGACUGAGGCUAUGCAGUUAUUUUUAAGCUGCCUUAAGCAACUGCUCUCAUUUAGUUCAUGAUUAUACCAUAAUUAUUAGAAAUAAUAGGACAGGUUCCCAUUUGCCAUCCUGUAACAUGUAUAAUGUGAUACAGUUUCUUAUCAUAGUUUUCUCUAUCAGGCCAAGCACAUGUAUAAGUGACUCACACAGAAUUCUGUAAAGACCCAUUUCAAAUGUGCUAAAAACCUGAAAUGAUGCUUUGGGAACUGGUAGUCUGGGGGAAUGGAAAGGAAAGGCAGGGAGGGAUAAUGACAAAACACAGAAGGAAUUACAUGAGGACCGAUAAGACUUUGGGAUCUCCGUGUUCUGAUCAGAGCGGCGCCAGGCGAAGGUCACUUGUAGAUGUCAAGAGCAGUGUUUCAAAUGAGGUGUUCUCUUCCCCGUGUUCUUGUGUCUUAAACAGGGGAGGGAUGCUCUGCGCACUGUGGAAGGCCAUCACCGACUUUCGAGAUACACAGACUUGACUGUGGCUCUGUUUGUGUCCAGCCUCCCGUGGAGAGUCUAACAGAACUGGUCUUCGCAGGGGAGGGAGAAUCUAAGGGAGAGGAGAAAGAAGCUGCACUUUAAAUCCAGUAUUUGUUUACUUGUGUUAAAAGAAAAAAAAAAAAAAAAGACAAAAUACACUGAAAUUUCCUAACUGCUUCUAUUUCUACUGUUCAUAAGGACUCUUUGUAAGGACUCUCAAAAGUAAUCCUAAACAUCAGGAUGCUUGGGAUUAUUUUCGUCUAAACAUUUUUAUGGAAAUAUUUUUAACUUAGCAGCUGUUGCACUUCGGCCAUAUGUCCCUUUUACACAAAACGGAUAGAACAUUUCAUGUGAUUGUGCAUCACUGGAACAAAACCAAAAUGUGACCAUAACUUUUUAGACUUCUGUGUGUAUGUAGGAUACUCAGAGUAGAAAUGCAUAAUUUCAGUUAUUGUGUAAAGGUUAUGUUUGUUUGGCUUUUUUUUUUAAAGUGUGCAGAAUCAGAAGCAGCGGUUUUUACUUACUGAUCUGUAUUAAUUGUAAUAUUGACUCUAUUUUGUAACUUAAGUUUCUGGCCCAUAGUACGUUCAUUUGAGUCGUGUAUGCACUACUGAACUGUACCAGUUGCACAUGUCUGAAUCCUAGUAAUGUUAGCUUGUUCUAAAGCUAUCCAUUGUGUCAUAUUUACUCUAAAAAGUAAAGACUCUUAACAUACUGUUC